GAAAUGACCGGUGUGGAAGUGUCCGACGGAGGGAAUGCCGAAGAUGCUAAAUAGACAGAUAUGUCAAAAACAGUAAUCGUAGUUAAACGUUGAAAACAAACAAGAUCUUUCCGACAGUCGACAACACGAACGGAAAUGGCUGGGAUUAUUAAAAAGCAAAUCUUGAAGCAUUUGUCGAGGUUCACCAAGAACCUGUCACCGGACAAGAUCAACCUGAGCACGCUGAAGGGGGAGGGGCAGCUGUCCAACCUGGAGCUGGAUGAGGAGGUGCUGCAGAACAUGCUGGACCUCCCCACGUGGCUGGCCGUGACACGCGUCUACUGCAACAAGGCCGCCAUCCGGAUUCAAUGGACCAAGCUGAAGACCAGCCCUAUCUGCCUGUUCCUGGACAAGGUGGAGGUGGAGAUGCGGACGUGUGAGGAGCCCCGGGCCCCCAAUGGUCCGUCCCCCAUCGCCAUUACUGCAGGCCAAAGUGAGUAUGGUUUUGCCGAGAAGGUGGUAGAGGGCAUGUCGGUCAUCAUCAACUCCAUCACCAUCAAGGUCCAGGCGCAGGCUUUCCACGCCUCCUUUGAGCUGUGGCAGCUGCAGGGCAACAGCCUGAACCCCAAGUGGGAACGCAGCGACCUCCGCUACACGCGUAUCACCGACCCCAAGAGGGGAGAGGUGCUGACGUUUAAGGAAAUCAACUGGCAGAGUCUGCGGAUCGAGGCAGAUGCCAUCGAGAGCGACGAGCAGGACUUGGGCAGCACACCCUUGCGUCUUAUCACUAAUCAGGGACGAAUCCGCAUCGCUCUCAAGCGAAGGGUGAAGGACUGCAAUGUUCUGGCCUCUAAGCUGCUCUUCAUCCUGGAUGACCUGCUGUGGGUGCUGACGGACUCUCAGCUCAAGGCCAUCAUCCACUACGCCAAGUCCCUGAGUGAGGCCAUGGAGAAGUCUGCCCAGCAGCGGAAGAGUAUGGCUGCCGACUCUCUGCAGACUGCUCCUCCAUCUCCAGGCAUUCACACGCUGUGGACCGACCCGCCUCCCGCCCCCACGCCGUCACGGACGCCCAGCACGCUGGGGCAGUACUUUGACCUCCACGACGUGAAAGAGUCCUCCUACCACACGUUCAUCUCCCGCCUGGACCUCCACAUCUGCAACGACAGCUCCUCAGUGGACUCAGACUCCGAUGAACCUCCACCCAGGGGCUCUCAGGGAGCCAUGCAGCUCACCUUCCGCAAGCUGGGCCUAGAUUACUACCCCUUCCACCGACCAGGUGAUGGCUGUCGGCACUGGGAGCGCCACUGCAGCGCCAUGGAGUCCCGGGCCCAGUGGGCGGCCAAGCUGCUGCAGGAGUUCCAGAGCCGCGUGGAGUCCUCGGGCAUCCCCGGUCCCCACUCGGACCCCUCGGCUCCCGCACCUGCCAGGGAAUCCCCCGCCAAAAAGGCCCAGGAUGGAGAGCCGGGCCCUAAAUCCAGCCCCCCUGAGCGGGAGCAGGCCUCCCGACGUAGCUCCACUGCCCCUGCUCCCACAUCAGCCCCCCCUCCUUCGGGAACGCCCCUGAAGAGGCUACGCUCCAGCUGCGUGGUGGUCCGGGUGGAUGACCUCGACAUCCAUCAGGUGUCUACGGGUGGCCGUCACAGCAAAAAGACUCAGUCCCUCCUCUCGUGCAACCGCAAGGCUCUUCACCUGGCCGACAACGUCCCGGCCAUCCACCUGCAGUUCACCGAGUACUACUUCCCCAACAACCCCGAUCUUCCCAUUCCCUACUCCAACCUGUACGGUCAGGUGAACGGCCUGCAGGUGUGCGUGGACCCGCCGAGUGUGUUGUGGAUGAACACGUUUGCCCGAGGCCUGCUCCGCACCCUGGACCAGGUCAAGGCCUUCUACCACCUCCAGGACAGCAGCAAGAGCGACGAGCAUGUGGAUCUGCGUAUGGACGUUGCACAGCUCAAGCUCAUUAUCCCUCUAGAGUCCUCCAUCCUGGACCACCCGGACCGCCCGCAGUCCCUCAGCGUCUCCGUCCCCCAGAUGGUGGUCAGCAACACGCGGCACGCUCCCCACGGCUCCCGCGCCGACCUGGCCAGCACGUGCCAGUCCUUCUCGUCUCGCCCGUUCUUCCAGCGGGCGGCGCCGCCGCCGUCGUCCGCGUUCCCCUGCGACCGCUCCAGCUUCCACCCGCUGCCUCGCGCCUUCCUGCGGCUCGCCCGGGAACUGGCGCCCUGCCCCCUGCUGGACGGGAGGCCCCCGCGCUCUCAGGACGUCUGGUCGCUCAGCCUGUCGCGGGCGGCGCUCAGCUUCGAGGGCGCCCGCCGCAACCCCAAGGGCAAAGCGCAGCCCUUCGUGGAGCCCUUCGCCAUGUCCGUGUGGAUGUGCCGCCCGGACGCCUUCGAGAACGGCGCCCGCCUUUCACCCUCCCCCACCGCCGAGCUAGCUCACUCUGGUCACUCUGGUCACUCCAGCCCGCACAGCAACCACCUCGGUCAGACCUCCGGCCAGCAGAACGGAGUCCGUGAGGACGCGCCCCACUCGGCGCCCGCUGGGGAGGCACGGGAGCAGGCCUCCGUCCACAUCCUGGCCCAGUCGGUGACGCCCCUGAAGGUGUGGCUCAACCACUUCCAGUACGUGGCGCUGCUUCGCAUGAAGGACACUCUGGCGCAGCUCGGCGGCGAGCUCAGCCGGAGCGCGGGCAACUCCGGGCCGGCAGAGGGCCGGCAGCGGGCCGGACGCCCGUCGGAGGAGGAGGAGGAGGAGGAGGAGGACGCGGACGAGGAGAAGAAGAAGGGGGCGGCGAAGGGUCCGCGGAAGCCGCCCAGCGUCUGCGUGGCGUUCCUGACGGACGGCGUGGAGCUGGGCGUCCUGCUGCCCGCGUCGGCCCAGCAGCCCGAGGAGGAGGAGGCGCGCUCGCCGGAGGAGACGGAGAGCCCCAGCAUGAGCGACUCGGACGCCUCGCCCGCCCACCGCGGCUCGGAGCCCGGCCCGCUGGAGGACAGCGGCAUCGGGGGCAACGGCAGCACGGCCGCGGCCACCGGGGAGGAGGAGCAGGAGCAGGAGCAGGAGCAGGAGGAGGAGCAGGAGGGCUCCGUGGAGGAGGCGUGCGAGGCGCUGGAGGAAGGAGAGGGCGAGAAGGACGCCGCCGCCGCCGCGACCGGGGAGACCGCGCUGUCACCGCCGCUGUCCCCCGGCGCCGCCGGCAACAUGCCGAGAGACACCUCCACCUUCAGCCUGGAGGGGGAGCUCUCCAGCGCCCUCAACGCCACCAAGGACGUGACCAAGGACGCUCUGAGUGCCUCCCUGGACCUGACCAAAGGGGCCUUCUCCAUCACGAAGGACGCCUUCAGUAUGCUGGGCCGCAGUUCAGGCAUGACCAAGAUGCUCUUCAACUCACCGGCCAAGGAAUUGUCUCGGCCUGAAGAGUCCAGUCCAUCUCUGCUGGGCAGUCUGCGGCUACAGACCAUGAAGCAGUCUCCGUCGCAGCACUCGUUUGACAGUGCCAUUCUGGACGGCAGCCUGCCUGACGACCGGCUGUCCGUGGGCAGUGACACCAGUGAAAACUUUGCCAUCCUCAUGGACUCAGAGUCCGGCGUGGAGUCGUUGCGGCCAGAGAGCGUAGUGGGCGCGCUGCUCAGCCGGGGCAGCCCCGCACCAGGCACCGACGCCGGCUCCUCCGCCGACCGCAGCAGCUCUCUGUCCCAGAGCAUAGAGGACAUCAGUCAGGACAUGGCCUCCGUGCUGCUGCUGUGCCUGAGUGGGGUGGGCAGCGUGGCGCAGCUGAAGGGGGAGGACGUGGUGGUGGCUCUGGAGGCCCAGGAGAUGACGCCCAAGUCCCUGGGCAACCAGAGGAUCUCCGAGCUCAUGGCAGGUGGUGUGUCAUCUCCUAUCAGGCCCCUGUCCCCUGUCCACCGUCCCACCCGCAGUUCGUCCUCCCCUCCAGUGGUGGCGCUGCGCAUGGAGAUGGGGCCCGCCGCCGCUCGCCACAGCCCCCUGUCGGAGAGCGUGGGCUUCCUGGAGCUGCAGGUGGUGGGCUGCCGGGCCGAGCUGCUGGCCUCCUCUCUCGGGGGCCUCGGGCCCUUCCUGGAGGACGAGCUGGCCGCGGACGUGCAGCCCAUGAGGAUCCGACUCCGAGAUACCGUCCUCAAGCUCAAGGAUAACGGUCCUCGGGUGUACCCCACGGCCCCCCAGCCUGUGCCUGUGGUCUUCAGUUUGGACGGAGUGGUCCUGGAGCGCUCGGACGAUGGCGCCUUCAGCCUGAGACCGGGUGGUAGUCAGUCGGAGGCGGAUGGGGCCGUUUCCACGGCAGCAUCGUGUCAAGAGAAUGGACAGCGACACUGCAGUGAUGCCACAGAGCACAACAAGCCCCAUGAGUCAGAGCUCUCUGAGGCCCGGGUUGCCCUCUCUCAAGCUCUACUGGACCGAGAGCGCCUCCUGCAGGAAAUCCAGAAGUAUGACCCCACGUUCACACUCUGAUCUCCCUCACAUAACAGGCCAGUGGGGGGCGACAUACAACUACUGAAGUUAUGGAGAACCAGUUGAAGUGCCACAGAACAAACUCUUUCUAAUGGGUGUUAGGGGAAAUUGUCUUAUCUGACAAUGACAGGAACAAAAAAAAAUCUUAAACAUAUGUGUGUUUGAUCAGCAAAUAGAACAUGGGGGAUGAAGGUGACCUAUAAUUCCAUUAGGGUUGCGUUUUUGUUUUGUAUGAACGGAUUCUGGGAGCUUGUGUGAAGAAUGGGUUAACAUCUAGCCAUUUUUCAUUUGAACCUUAAAGACCUUACGUUGGUGGUGUCGUCUCACAAGCAUGGUGGACAUGUUCUCUUAAUUUCCCAGUCAUUUUCCAAUCAUGGUGGAAACCAAUUGCACAUGCACUGUUUCACUGCCGAAGAACCCCUCCCACUGUCCUGUAAUUUUUGUUCCAAGUGUGUGUGCCUGUGUGUGUGUGUGUGUGUGUGUGUGUGUGUGUGUGUGUGUGUGUGUGUGUGUGUGUGUGUGUGUGUGUGUGUGUGUGUGUGUGUGUGUGUGUGUGUGUGUGUGUGUGUGUGUGUGUGUGUGUGUGUGUGUGUGUGUGUGUGUGUGUGUGUGUGUGUGUGUGUGUGUGUGUGUGUGUGUGUGUGUGUGUGUGUAAUCUCCACUAAUGUCCGGCAUUCUGGACUAAUUCCAUUAGUAUUACAAAUUUGGCCUAGUGUGGGCCUGUUACCAUCUCCCGAGGGUCACGUGGUGUGUAUAUGAACUUGAAAAUUCCUCUUAGCUAUACAAUUGACUCACCUUGGUAUAUUAUUAGGUGUAUAUAUGUUAUCAUUGGCUGCUAUUUAGAUGCAUCAAUGCAUUUCUGCAUAGGACCACUAUGGUAUUAAGGAGAUAAGGAGUUAAGAAAAAUAAUAAGCACUUUGAAGCAGACCUCUAUCCUGUUUAGAGUGACUGGUACAGUACAUCCCAUUACUGUUGUAUUCAUUUACAGUGUUAUUCGUAGAUUGAGAAAAGCUUUAAUCUAAGCUCUCAGUAUUUGUAACCAAUUUGAGCUCAUUCAAGUCACUGCAGAAAGUACUGUCUGUUAGUCAAGCAUACAUAGAGGUAUGUGUGUUUAGGAUGUACACGGGUAACUAAUGAAGACUUGCCUUAUUAAUUUCCAGAGUUAGUAAGGGAAGCUAGUCAUUUAGUUUUUUGUCCAUAGAUUAAAUAUAGAGUUUGGUAAAGGUCAUGUUUGUGUCAACAUAGAAUGCAAUGCCUUGCAUAGUGUCUUGUUUCAGUGGAUGAACGAUGAAGGGAGUUACUGAGGUACUCUGAAACAUGCUCCUAGUCUCUGCUCACAUUGUCCCCAGCAUAGCAGAGUUCCUCAGUUUGUGUGUCAUUCUGCCAAAGUGGUUUGGUGAUUUAUUAACUGCAGUCUAGACAAGCUAGUAACAUCUUCCUUUUCACAUUGUACAUUUAAAAACAUUAAUCUAUAGUUGUGUCAGAUGUAGCAAGAAAGACUUCUAUCAAAAAUGAUCUUGCCAAUUGCUGGCUGUAUAAAUUGUCUAUUUUCUGUGUGCGUCUUUGCACAUGAAAUGCUUAGUCUCAAGGACAAAGAAAAACAAUAACCCUCUGUAAAGUAUGGGUGCCAUAUUGGAUACAGCAAAAGCACUCUGAACAUACCUAAUGCCAAAUAUGUUUUAGUUUUAUACAUUUUUGUUUUCAAUUUCUGUAAAAUUCCUUUUGUUUAGAAUGUUUGGUCAUGUUGGCAUGUAUGAAAUGUUCAUGUGUAAUACUCUAUAGGUACCUGAGGCGGAUGAUAAAAAAAAAUAGUCAAUACUUAUUUUGGAUACGUUUUGCGCUACGUCUUUCUCUGAUUGGACAAAUGUUGGAAAUGCGUUGCAGAUAUGUUUUGUUUACCCCAUUUUGUUUUUUAUCUGAAUGAAGUCUCCCCAAGAUCAACAAGGGUUCUGCAAAGCAGAAGGUAUUAAUAUGGUUCAAUGUAAACAAUAUGAGCGCACCUUUUUUAAAUGACUAAAACUCUUUAACAGAUGGAUUGUGGGUAACUAUUGGUGGAGGCCUUGUGCAUCUACAGCUUAUAGGUUUAAUGCAAAAUUUAAACUUUGGCUCGGUGAGCUUGACUUCUACACAUGUCACUUGCCAAAUGCCCAAGUCCCUUGCCAAAUGCCCGAGUCCCUUGCUUGCUUACCCACAGUUCACCUCUGCGUAGAUGUCCUUUCAUUGGGCACAUUGCUUUAGUUUACAUUGACUUGUACCAGUGCCUUUCAACCCUCCCCGGGCAAGAACCAGGCCCCAGAGAAGGAAGGGUGAAAUGGCAUCAGUGCAUGGUGGUUAUUCAAGUACUGUAGACUCUUCCAGCGUCAUGUCUGACUACUGUCGAUAGCAAACUGUAGGUACUGUAUAAAGAGCAAUAUUUAACAAAAUAUAUACAUAACUGAUGUAUAUGAAAAAAGACACAAAUCAAAAGAACUCUUGGUGCCCAAGCACCCAAUGCAUGCCAUGAAGAUCCAGUGUUUAUUUCGGGUUUCAGGUUUUGUGUCAGUGAGUUGACGGUGUAAUUUCCUAGAUUGUUGUUUUAAAAACACUAUUUCUAAGUUAACAGUAUUUUUUUUAAAGUUAUUAGUGCUCAUUUGUUUAGAGACCUCUUCUAGAGAUCUCUCCAGCAUGCUAAUUUCACUCACUUUUGAAUUUGUGCUGACAUCUUUUUCAUAAAUUAAGUUGGAAGUAUAACACAUAAGAACAAAUGGUGAUUAGAAAUGGCUGUUGCCAGCCAGAGUAGAGCUGGGGUUUUUAGUCUUCUCAUUAUGCAUGACUUGUGUUUCAGUGGUGCAGAUGUGUUUGCCAUCAAGGUCACAGUGGCUGUGUGUGCUGAAGCAGAGAUGCGUUGUCUCUUAUUUCAGCCAUUAGAUUCAGUGCUCUGAAGUGAGCAUUUUGAGACAGUGUUUUUUUUCUGUAGUCACAGUCACUGAUAAUUACAUAGACUAGACACCUUCUCUCCCAGCCAGGCAGACAGGUGUGUUCAUUGUUGGUGAUGGGAUUUUAGAGAUGUUGCUUCAGUGGUGUGUGCUGGGUAUCGGUCAGUGGACUGCUAAAUGGAUGUUAAAGUAGUCAUUUCCUUCAUAAGCAGCAGGGGCUCCUCUGUUGAAGGGUGUUGAAUGCAGAGCUCUAGAUACUGCGAUGUGGACUAGACUGGAAAAUGUCCAGAUUUUGUUUGCAAGUUCUUCUUUUGUCUCCUGUUCUUUUUUUUUUCAUGUAUAAAACACAGGUACAGAUCUAAUUGUGUCCAUUUUUUGAUGUGUCUGUAUUUCUACAUUUGCCUGUGAAUCACUUGCUUCUGAAAUGCCAUUGUGAACAUGUUCAUCUAGUGGCCUUGGUUGUCAACAUGCCUUGUGUGGAAUAUAGAUUCCCCCUUCCCAUUGGAAAUGAAAGAUCGAGAGGGGCUGUGGUACCCUGCCCGAUCACAUCUCAAACUCUGUAUUUUAGCAAGAAUGGCUUUCUACUUUUGCCUUCAUAGGCCAGAGGUUUUUGAAUAACUACACGCAGCAGUAUUAUAGUAGUAAGUAGUCGAGGUUGUAAAAUACAUAGUUCAGUAGGCCGUUAAGCAUGUAUACCGGAGGUGAUCGCAUGGAACAUUUAAUCUUCUCACAGGUGCAUCUCGUUGCCAUGGACUUUAUCCACAACACAAUUUACAGCCUGAGCUGGCACACAGCCAUGUUUCAUCUGACUUACCCUGACUCCUGUAGACAAGAAUGACCCAUAACUCAGUUGUGCCUCAAUUAUAUGUUAGGGGUAUUCUUUGUUCCACACAAAAAAAUGUUUCCAAAAUCAUUAUACUUCCAUUUUUUUAUGAUUAUCUUGUAUUAUAAUAAUGAUGGUGUUAACUUUAUGGGUUUCAGUUAUAUUGACACCCAGUAUUACAAUUGGAAAGAAUGUUCUGUGUGUGAAAUUAAGACUUUCUGGAAUGGAACCCCCACCCCACCCCACCCCACCCCCAUCCAUCAUUUUUUACUUGUGUAAAUAAUAGAAAUGUGUUAUGUAGGAAAGUUUUAAAAAAAGAAAAGUAGAGCAUAUCAGUUGACUGCAUAUUCAAAGAGGGUCUUUAUCCUUCAGGAUGGAGAUAACUCAUUGUCCAUUUUACUCCACUGUGUUACACUGUGUUCACUAGUUGCUAUGAUACUUCCUUUAAAACUGCACUACUUGGGGUUGAGAAAUUGAGGUCUCCUUAAUGUGUUUCUUCAUUAAACUCGCAUGCAGGUGAGCCAUUUUUAUAAUGGAACUCCUUUCCCCUUGAGUGUUCUCAGUGUGUGUGUGUGUGUGUACGUACAGUAUGUAUGUAUGUAUGUAUGUGUGUGUGUGUGUAAAUCACCAAUGUUCUCUAAGAUUUAAGACUUUGUACCAUCAUCACACCUUAUACUGUAUGUCAGAUUGGUUCUGUGAACCAUCGCUUUGUGUGAACGAUAUGACAAAUCUAAAUGAAUUAAAAAAAGGUUUAACUACGUAUCCUCACACUAAA